AUGCAAGGCAAGCUCUUCAAUAUGCAAUGGGCCCAUCACAAAUGGGCCCUGGUCUUCUGCCUGAUUUCUAGUCUGGGAGCCCUCUGCUAUGGCUACGAUCAAAUCUAUUACACAGGAGUGUUGGGCAUGAAACGAUUCGUCCUUGACUAUGGCACCACUCAUAACAACGCCGGCGACAUUGCCUUGACUACGACCUUUAUCUCUCUCACAUCGUCCAUUAUCUACGUUGGGGAGCUCUUGGGUGCGCUCUUUGCUGCGCCCAUUAACGACCAUUUCGGCAGAAGGGGCGUGUUCUUCUGCGCCUCGUUCUGCAUCAUCGGUGGUGCCAUUGCGCAGGUUGCCGACCAAGGUUCCAUGGGCGUUAUCAUCCUUGGACGUAUCCUGAUCGGCUUGGGGAUCGGUCAAUUCACAGUGACCAGCGUUUUGUACAUUGGAGAGGUGGCUCCACAAGCCAUUCGAGGGCCGGCGUUGAUGAUGUUCCAAUUCCUGCAGUCAUGCUCUCAGCUGGUUGGCUCCGGCAUUACCCAGGGUACCGAAUCUAUCUCCUCGACGGCCUCGUACCGGAUUCCCAUGGGUCUGUUGGCAUUGUUGCCCUUGCUGAUGCUGCUGGGAUUGCUCAUGCUCCCGGAGUCUCCAGUGUGGUACAUGCGCAAAGGGCAACCGGAAAAGGCGCGCAAGGCGUUUACCAAGAUCAAUCGCAGCGCGCCAUCUUACACCGCAGACGACGACAUGGCAGCAGUAGCAGCAAUGGUCGAGGCGGAGCGUCUACGGAGCACCGAGUCGACUUGGAUUUCCCUGGUCAAAGACCCCAUCGAAAGGCGCAAGCUCCUAUACUCGUGCGGUGCAAUGGUGGCCCAACAGAUCAACGGCAUUCAGUUCUUCUACUCUUACGGUGUUGUUUUCGCCCAAUCCAUCGGCAUCAAACAGGCCUUCACCAUCUCCCUGAUCACCAACACACUUCAAGUUGUGGCAGUCGCUGUUUCAGUCGUGCUGGGCAACAAGGUGUCUCGACGCAAAAAUCUGCUUGUCACAACUUCCAUGAUGCUCGUGGCGUAUAUCAUCAUCGGUGGACUGGGGGCGGGUCCUUACACCAAGACAAGCUACAGCACCACCAUCGUCGUCAUCUCCUACAUCAUCAUUGUGGCUUUCAACUUCGGCCACGGCCCUCUGGCGUAUACCAUCGCUUCGGAGUCGGCUGUUGGCCGCAACAGGAACAAGAUCAUGAGUGCCAGCAUUGUUUCCUUCUUCUUCACGGUCUGGGUUAUUGCAUUCACCAGUCCGUAUAUCUACUACGACGGUGGACUGGGCCCGAUGCUGGGAUUUGUAUAUGCCGGCACGACUUGCCUUACUUUGGCGUACGUUUGGUUUUGCGUGGGCGAGACUACCGGCCGUAGCCUGUUGGAAGUCGAGAUGUUCUUCCAGGAGCGCAUCCCUGUCCAGCAGUGGCGGCACCACCAGUUUACGAACCUAGCCAAUGGCCCGGAAGAUAGUGUCCAUGGCAUGAAGGACGGUCAUGUGGGUGGGCAGGCCCUUUCCGGAACGAUGGACGCAGACUCUGAGAAAGUGCAGAUCUCCACGAACAGCCACCACGUCAGCGAGAAUGAACACGUGUAA